ACAGCGGAACUGAAUACUGCGAAAGGCAACACACAAUUCAGUGGUUUUCCAGAAGGUAUUUUAUAUGGGCCUGAAAUAACUUUCACCCCCGAAACGCUGAUAUUUACAAUGAUGUCAGGUUGAUUUAAACUUAUCAUUUAUACACUCAUACCCCCGUUGUCACCUGACACAAAACGAAAGAGGAAGUGCAUUCUAAAAUCGGAGCUAGCGCUAAAACCUAAACCAGUUAUACGAGUGUCUUUUUAAAGAUGGACUUGACGUAAUAAGCGGUCUACAAUUACGAUGACACCUUUAAGGCAAUAACCGAAGGUUCGGACAGCAGGAAGGAUGACGGACAAUAGCUAUACCGCUCUCAUUUCAUAUCCUGCCUUGAGCUCUACAACAUAUGCCUCUAUCUCUCCACAGAGUGAGGAUUAUUUUGUCAGCGCUGAAAGCUACCAGAGGACUGGGUGGAAUGAACCCAAAAUACUUCGCAGCCUGAUAUCUUCCAAAGAUCAAACGGAACUAGUUGAGGAAUUUGAAGCAAAAUGCAGAAUCGGGACUGGUGUAGAUUUGGAUGAUUUGAUUCAAAGAACCCGUACUCAUAUCAUACCGGGUUUAAUAAAAAAGAAAAAUUUCACAGAUCUGUCAAAACUCUUGGUAUGCAACGACAGGUUAUUUCAAAAAUUCGUUCUGCGAAAAUUAAAAUCUGUAAUUUGCAAUAUAGACAUUUCACUUGUGUCUUUCGUUGACGUCACAAACUGUCUUACCAAUGUGAUGAAGAUAUUUCGUGGAGAAAAUGCAGAGUCGGCUUUGGAGAUGGGGUACGAAUCUUGUUUGCCUCUAAUGGAUUUGUUUGCAAUCGCCAUGCUACAGCACUGCUUUCGAAAUAAUGAAAAGAAAACUAUUGAAACUGGAAUUCGCUCAAUGUCUAAGGAAAUGGAGACUAUAUCUAUGGAACUCAUUUCAAAAAAGAAAUUUAAAAAAAUCCAACCAAAGAAUUUUUCUGCUUUGGAAUGCAUCAACCUGUUCGUCAAGUCUCUUUCCGGGUUUCAGUUGAGUAGGGUUUCUCAAACAAUUUUCGAACGAUGGGAAGACGCUUUCCUCUCAAAACAACAUGCUGAACAGCUAGAUUUCGUAGUCAGACAACCAUUCUAUGAACAAUACAUGGUCAUGUUUGGAUUUCUUCUAAAGCUUAAGAAAAAUGUUUCGGUGCAUGAUCAUUUUUUAAAAUUUGUUCACCUGCUUCUUAAAAAAAGUGUUGACAAGAAAUGGUCAGAUGUUCAGCACCAUGCUUUGGCAGAGACUGCCUUACGUGGAAUGGGAUCGUGGUUAUGCCAUUCUAAAGAAAAGAAUGCUAUGCUGAUGAACGCUGUAGAGGUUUGCUGGAAGGGACUCUCUGGUCACCAGGGAUUUAUAUCCCUCCCCGAGGAACUGUCUGAUCAUCUCUUUUCAAGUGACAAACAAAGAGUUCAAUCUGUAAUCCAAACGCUGAACAUAUCUGAGAGAUAUUUGUUAGAAUGUACGGAAAAGUACCUUCAAAGACGAGUGAUAGAUAUAGUCAUCCAUGACGUCAAUAGAACAACUCUCCCCAAAAAGAGUGACCAUUCCUACUGGUCCAUAUGUCAGGGUCGAAUCAAUAAGUGGGAGGUAACCAUCUCCAUUCAUGUCCCAGGUAUCUCACAGAGCUUUCUAAAGGGAGCAGACGAAGAGAAUAUAUUAAACAAAAUGUUGGAGAAUGAUUUCAAAAUACUUAAAGGACUCCAGAAAAAUGAAACUCAUGUAAAUAUCAUUCGAAUGCUUGCUUAUAGUGACUUGGGCAGUUCGCUUUCGUUUUAUGUGAAGGACAUGCACAAAUCUAGAAUGCUAGAAAAGCUUUUGCAUGAACGAGAAAGAAAAGGAAUACUCUCAGUUUCUUGGUUCAAUAAUCGCCUGAUUGAGAUUAUCAAAGCUCUCAUUUAUCUUCGUCGCCAGAAGAUUGUUCACCGUGAUCUCACUCUUAGGGCAUUCCAUCUCGCUAGAUUUUCUGGAACAGAAGAGGAUGUCGCUGUUCUGUAUGAUUUUAAUCUUGCAUGUCAAACUGAUUUCAGCCUAACAGCACCUAGCAAAGUAGCAGACUUGCACGGAGAUGGAAUUCCUAUUCGAUGGUCUGCUGUAGAGUCAAUUCUUCAGGAUAACUAUGACGUAAGAUCGGAUAUCUGGAUGUUUGGUCACUUGAUUCACGAGAUGUUUACCUACGGAUGUGAACCGUUCACGGACCAGUAUAGCUCUACCACAGAUGAUAUCAUAUCGGGGUUGUUAUCGGGUGAUAUAGCCUCCUAUUGGUGGCCUUGCAUUCCUCUUGCUUAUCACAAAAUUUCCGUCUCGUGCUGGAUGACAAACCCCGAUGAGAGACCAUCUCCCGACGAAAUUCUUCAAACCCUGCGACAGUUAAGGGGUCAAUGGAAAGAAGGGUGUUUCACAUUUCAUACGGAACCUGAAAGAAGCGAGCUUAGAAAAGAAAGAAAUCGGAGGCGAAAAAAUGGAACAGUUCAUAAAACGUUCCUUGAAAUCAAACCCAUUGUACUUAAGCAGCUGAAAUUGUUUCCAGAUGUCAGGAAAACCUUCAUUGAGAUGAGACGUAAAAGCCAAAGAGGAACGUCUGUUGUUCUUGAGAGCGCACCACCUGUCUUGCGCAAGGAUGACAUUCAACGUGAUGUGAUCAUUGAAGAGACGGAAGAACAUUUAUGCGUUCAAGAAAAGGUUGGAAUGAAGUUCUGCGAGAAGAUUCUGACCAGUAUCAGUGCUGAUUUUUGUAAUAAAAUGGGAAUUGUGGACGGAAUACCCUGUCGUGAAAAAGCCCAUGCUACUGAUCACAGUGUUGUCCAUAUGAUAAAAUACAAAUAUCCCAAAGCUGAGAACAUUUUAAGAAAAGCAGGCGGGACUGUGUCCCCCACAGCAUGCGCCGACAUGCUUUUAGCUGUGGUAAAACUUGUUCAGAGAAUGCACACCAAGGGAUGGUUGAUGGUCGCUUUAACAGGGACAAACAUCUACAUAAAUCAGCAGGACGACCAGUACCAGGCUUUUCUGGUAAAACUCGAUAACAUGGUACGCUUUCCGUCAUCAGCCAACACAAAUGAAGAAAUCAUUCGUGUCUCAGAAAAAUUUGAAGACAUGAUAUUUUGGAUUCCUAGAGAAGUGAUUUGUUUUGGACAACUUUCCACAGGAAGUGAUUUGUACACCAUGGCGAUGUUGUUUUAUCAAGUUUAUAUGGCUUAUUCUGGACACAACGAACUUCAAACAAUACCAUUUGUCAGAACUCAUAAAUCACAUAUACUUGGUGUACUUAAUGAGGGACACAAACCAGAGAAGCCCGACAAGUGCCCAACCUGGCUAUAUGAGGAAGUCAUGAUCCCUUGCUGGCAUCCCGAUAGGUCAUGCAGGCCGUCUGCUGAUGACGUAGUUCGCAUUAUGACGGAGAGGAUAAAUGGAGGUUCUGGUAUUCCGGCAUCCAGUUUAACAGACAAACGGGUGGUCAAUAUCCCUAAUCCAAACUCUACAGCUUGUCCUGAGGAGGGGGAAGGUGACGGGUAUCUGGACGUUGUUCUUUGCGAGGAAAACAAAAACAAGGGGCAAAACGUGAUUAGUGAAGGUGAAAACGAGCAUGAUGAUGUUCAGAAUAUUGAAGGGGCUGAUAAUAAUUGGUCACUGUUACAACGUCCUGGGCAGUCGUUGGUUCUGGGCGAGAAGGACAUGAAACUGUUUGAAAUGUCUAGUGAUCAGACAACUGCUUCUGGGGCCUCCUCCUGUGUCGCACCUCCACCAACAGACACAGAUCCGGAAUGUCUGAUAGUACGAAUUACAGAGCCGCACCCUUUCCGUCAUAAAUAUCAAGCCUUCAGUACGACAGAUACCUUACCCGAACCACACACUGCAAAGAGCAAUCCACUUUUUCAGAGUAUUGGAACAUCAUCAAACUCAACGGAUGGAAGUAUGGAGAAAAAAGACACUUUCAAAGAAAUGUUGGACAGUCAGCAAAUGAAUUCCAGUUCUGAUUCGACGAUUAACGAGUCUGAUUUUGUGAGUGCGGACAGCUUACCAUCACAAACAUAGAUCUGACUUACUCCUUAAAAUCAUUUCUUGAAUCAAGUUAUGAUGUAGCCAGUAGAUAUUAUAAGUUUCUGAUCUGUGAUAUCAUUGAUACUACGUAUACAUUUGUGUGGAUAUUUUUGUUUCCGUUUUAUUUUCUAGUAUUUUCUGUAAUUUUGAUUGGGCGGAUUGAUAAUAACCACUAGAAAACUUUUAAGUCGUUUUCUUUUCUUGAAGGGACACAAGUAUUAUUGGACGUAUUUCGGAUAAACAUAUCCGGACUUAAACGGACGUGAAAUACGUCUAAUCAGUAAGGUGUUAAUUAGUUAAAUAUGCUAAGAUUACAUAAUUAUUUCGAGAACCUCAGUUUUAUUCUGAACUUUAGAAUUGGUAAGACUGCAUAAUUCGAAUUUAGUUUUGUGUGAAAAGACGCUGAUUGAUUCAUUGUUUUCCCCUGUUUUCAUGUUGGUACUGGUAUAUGAUAUUAGCCUUAACAUAUUUGAAUCUGUGAUAAUGUAAACAUAGUAUUAAAACGUGAUAUAUUUCUUCUC